AUGAAAGAACCACAAGAAAGACAGACUAGAUUUUAAUCAAAAGCAGAAGAAUGUGGAAUAUGUUAUAAUACAAUAGAAUAAUAGGUAAAUUGAGUUCAUUAUUUUAAGGGACAGCUAGAUAGUUGUAAUCACUCAUUUUGUUUAGCUUGCAUUCAAUAAUGGUCUAAUGUAAAGAAUGUAUUAAAUGUAGAUUGAGAACACUUGUCCUCUUUGUAAGUAGAAAUUCAAAUAGAUUGAAUAAAAGUGGAAAAGAGUAUUUCUUAUAUUUAAUUAGGUGCAUUAUAAAAGUCAUAAGAUUUCGAAGUAAAACUGUAAACAGAAUAAGUAAAACAUCAAUAUUAUCACUAGAAUUUUUGUGAAAGACAAAAGUCAAUCUCAAAAAGAGGAGUAUUUUAAUGUACUAAUUGAAAUCUUGAAUGAAUUUAUUUUGGCUGAUAGUAUUUAUAAAUUACAUACCUUAGUUAAUGCAUGA